AUGAGUUCAAAACCACGACUAAAUCACUCUGAUGCAUUCGAUCAGCACUCCGACUCGACGACUCCGAAAAUUCUUUUAUUAUCUCCAGAACAGCUCAUGUUCGAUUAUACUAAUGGGAUAUUUCUGAGUGGGAUGCUGCCAAUAACAGGCAUGGGAAGUGGUCGUUGCCUCAGCUCAGCGUCGCCAAUAUCAGCAGCCGAACGACAACAAUUGUGGGACUAUGAUAUCAAAAUGAGAAUAAUUGUUUGUGCAUUUACUUUCUUUACAUUGGGUGUUUUUGAUCUACAUAACAAUCACAUCAUUAGUGAUCGUCCAUGCACCACUCAUUCGAUGAUCGUCCCUCGGCAUCCAGUGAAGAUCUAUUCGCCAGCUGCAAUGAUAUUGAUAAUGCGGUUAGUUUAUUUUCGAUGCAAUCUUGCUCUAUUGACAAUUCAAUAG